GAUGUAUUGCCGUACACGUUUGCGUCUGUACCAAAUGCAUAUGCAUAUGCACAACCGUUAGCAAGCGUUGUAAAUCAACAAGAAACCUUGAACGUUUUUCCAAGACUCGAUGACAGAGCAACAAUCAUACCUUGCAGAACUUCUAAAACGCUUUUGAAGAUUUUGACUGAACUAUUGGGAAUAUUGAAAGCGAAUCUUAAUAACAAUGAACCUUUAAAUGUGCAUGUCGUGAAUAGCGUGCUGGAUUUAAUAAAAAAAUACAUUGAACAGUCUUCGAUUGUAAAACAUCCAGUUAUUUUCAAAUCAUUUUCAAAUCUGCAAACACAGCUAAGCAAUGCUAAGGUAUUUCCUGAAACUGGUCAAUUAAUGCCAUCAACGAUUAAUACUUUAAGUCAAUCACAAACUAAACCGCUACAAUAUUACAUACCAAGUAUAAACCAACGAAGUUGCAAAGACGCAUUUUCAAAACUUGUAAAUACGGCGCAGAAUGCAUACAGUCAUGUAUACGAUAUGAAUACAUGUGAAAGUUACAGAAACAACUAUGCACCCAUGUCGUAUUAUGAACACAGUGUCAAUUUUCAUCCAAUCAAACCAAUUCUGCAAGUACCAAGUGAAAACUUAAUACAAUACUUACAGAAUCAACAGGCAAAUCCAAGCAAUUUGGGACCAUCGGUACUUGAAAAUUACAGACCAGAUAAUAACAAUGGUCUUCAUGUCGGAUAUGCCCAUGAACAACAUUUUCUUACGAAUAAUCCAAUAUCUAACCCAACUGUAAGCACGAGCCAAUUCAAUUUUUACUCCACUAUACUAUCACAAAAUUCAAUGGCGAGUCCAAAUCAACCGAAUGCUUCGGUUACUCCUCAGAUACCUGACAGUGAUUAUCUGGAAGGUUCUCCUGAACAGGUAUCUGUGCAAGGUCAGACUUUUCCAAACCCCGUAAGAUUUACUCUAAACCGAUACAGCACCCAGCAAUCUGACUUACAAAAAAAUCGAUUGUUGCCCAACAUAACGUAUAAUUUCGUGCCCUUGGAAAAGGUGCAGUAUCCUAAAAUUCUAAGUCAACAACAAUACCAAGAGAAACCUAUGAAUUUCGCUGAACCUACAUACAAAUACAAUGUGCCUGCAUUUAUUUCACCAGAAUAUGGAGAAGCGUCUUCAACAAUUGAUAAAAAUCCAUAUCCAACAAACAAGUUGCCAAAUCAAAGCCCACGUCUUCAAAACGGUGUUUUACACAAGCUUCUGCAGGCUAUGAAGUUAACUAAAGCUUUAAAGACUCCAACACAUGAUCCAAAAACAAACCAAGACAAAGCAGAAUUCACUAGGGCUUUGCUUAACGACAACGUAUUGGCAAAUAUAUACCCCACUAUGCCAGAUGACAUAGUUCAACGUUUCAACAAUCUCAAACCAGUUCCAAAUCGAAUUCUAAACCGUCCAAUUCAAAGUCAGCCAGCAUAUAGCAAUAUUACUCCACAAAUUAAUCCAGUUCAACAGUUUGCAUCAAUGUCUAGUUAUAAUUAUCAAGUAAAUUCUUUGGCUCAGCAGAAAAUGCCCUACAGCUUAAUGCCAAAUUUACCCAUUGGAACCUUUAACCCGUAUAUACAGAAAACUCCAAGCGAAUCUGUAAUUCCAAUCACAUUUCAAAAUCCCACUAUAAACCAACCACUUAAUACUGUUUCCAGUCUAAGCCCCAAUAAUUUUAAGACAUUACCAGUCGUUUUACCAGCUUUCACAUUACCAAAAAUAAACCAAGGCUAUCGUAAUCAAAAUUUACCUCCAGGAUUUAGUAAUCAAAUUGCUUUAUCACAGAAUCAAAUCAAUCAACCUACGCAAUCUCGAAUAAAUAACAUCUUAAAUCAAAGUCAACGUGAAGUUCGAAAUUUCACGGUUUAUGGCAAAACAUCAAAUCUCAAUCAGAUUUCUGGCGUACCGAAUCUGAAGGAAUUGAACAACGUACCUUCAAAAACGAGCAUUAUUGAAUUGAUAUAUCUGCUUCACCAAAAAAUGCCGAUUAACUACUCUUACGUGAAAUACAAAAUACCAUUUAUGUCACUGAAGAACAUUUUGCAACAGAAAUCAGCACACCAAUCAGGUACACAGGAAUUACACAAGCAAUUGGCAUUAAAUUCGGAAGUAGAAGUGUCUCCGGAAUUAAUGUUCGGGUCCAAGGAACAAAUCGCCCAAUUAGUUUCAACAAACGGAACAUUUAUGAGUGCUACGAUUGUUAAUGGCACUGACUAUUCUGUUCAAGGUUUGAACACCCAAAAUGAAGGACUACCUCUUCAAACACUUAAAAUUUUACCUCUUCAACAUAUUAAUACAAGAAAACAAAUGCCAAAGGAUGCCAUGAACGUUAAAGAUUUGACAAAAUUGUUAUCUGAUGUCCAAAAUUUGAAUUCUAAAAUUAAUUCAGGCUCAAUUUUAGAACGUCAAGGCUUGAAGACGCGAAGCGAAGUGGGACAUAAUACAGGAACCACUACUUAUACUUCUACUACCCCUAUAGAGGUUUAGUCAUGCAGAAGAGAAAUUAAUCUGAUCGUCCAAGGGAACCUUGCACCUCAGCAUUUGCAAUAUUUUAAUUCUAGUAUCUUCAUUUCCUUUCCAAUCUGUAUCUAUCCAUGAUAAGCUGUUUCUCUUCAGAUUUUUAAGUCAUUCCUUUACAUAUACCCAUCUGGAAUUAAUUACCUACUUCUUUCUUACCUUAGGUACCACAGUCGUAUAUAUGUCUACUUCAAAAUUGCAAUUCUAUUCCGGAUUAUGAUUGGAGUGACAACGCCAUCUUAUGCUCAGCCAAAUUGUUAUGUCGGGUGACAUAUUUGUAAUAUUGGCGCAAACAUCUACCUGGGAUGGUAACUACUUUCCAAACAGAUCUACCGUCAGAGUCGUUGCUGGUUUAGUUCACAAAAACGCUUUUAUAAAGACACCACUCGCAGCCCUAUUCUUCUCGGGCAAAACGUUUCAAAAUUUUCUUCUUAACAUUCUGUUACCAAGAAUAGCCCAUUGCAUAGAGUUCAAACAUCCUGUCAGACAAAUAUUUCAAGUGAUUAGCAAUUGAUCAGCAUCAUCAUCAUUUGCUUACACGUAUCCACUGCUGGACAUAAGCCUCUCCUUGAGCACGCAAACUCUACCGGUCCUCUGUCGCCCGCAUCCAUCCGCUGCUGGCCACCUUUCCCAAGUUGUCCGUAGCAAGUGAUACGUUUUAAAAAUCCAAACUGGGGAUGAAAAAUCUCGUGUGCCAAUUUUACGUGGUUUUGGAGAAAACUUCCUUCAAAGUUCUUAGUUUUAGUAUAAACUUAGAAACAAAAGUGAUUACCAUAUAACUCAAAAAAUUUAAAUUUUAGUAAAUAUUAUUUAUAUUAUUUUAACAGGCACUCUGAACACUAUUCUUGCCGCUUUUUCAAAAUGCUGCCGGAACUUCGGAAAAUAUAAAUUUCCUUUAAAACUUAUAUUUUUUUUAAAUAACUAUUUCGCGUUAACAGCAUUUAAAAAUAAUUCUGAAAUAUAGGUAUCCAUGUAGGUAUACUAUUCCCACAAAAAGAAUCAUCUGUUGAUUCUUUAGAGGAUAGAAAAAAAUAAAGGAAUAGUCUAAGGUUGAUUCCGUGGGACAUCUGCGAUAUGCGUGUUACGUGUCUAAAUUUGUUUAAAACAAAACGCCUGAAAUUUGUUUAUGCUGUUCCACCCUCUAAGAAAAUUUUGGUGAAAGAAAAAAUUUAGUAGUGUUGCUAUAAAAUUUCAAUAAAAAUUUUUAAAAACAAAAUUUUAGCAACAAAAUUCCACAAUUUUAAUGUUUUAUUAAAUUUUGUACUUCGAUGU